GAGGGGGGUGUGAGGAAAGAAUUGCAUGAUACAAUACAAAGUAAAAUCUUCCUUCUUCAAACUUUGGCUCGAGUUUAUAGAAUUGGCAGUUAGGAAGAAAUCCUAACUCUGCUAGUAUUGGUAUAAAUUUGGCAAAUUUGAUCUCGAUUGGCAAAUUUCACCCCAAAAUAAUCAAAAGAUAAUAAAAAAUGGCAAAUCUAUGGUGGUGGGUUUUAGAAGAAUUAUUUUCAAGGAUCUAAUUGCAGUGAGCUGAUAUUAGGACUUGAAGCAAGCCUUGUGCAGUGACUAACGGGAAAUUGCCAUAUUUUAGUUUUGGGGUUUUUUUUCAGAAACUCUCCGUGAUGUCACCAGCGAACACAGGAACCAGUUAGUCAGGUUAAAUGUGCUGGUUGGGCAUUGCUCGAAUUGUAUUAUUCUGUGAUCAAAAUAACGCUUGUGUCCUCACAUCCCACAAACUUAACUACAGUUUAAUCUCUGUGAACUCUUAAUAACGAUAAGAAUUUCAGCGUUCGCCUGAGUAGUGAUAGUGGUAGUGUUCAUGUCCAAAUGGAGAAUUUCCCACGGUUUUGACGGCACGGACCUUUUAUAGCAAACAAUGAAAAGAACCUUUUCUAUUCAUUCUGCUUCCUGUGAGCAAAUAUUCUGUUCCUCAUUGUCUGUAACAAAAUCCUUCCAAGUGCAGGGUAGCUAUAACAAUUUAUUUAUCACCAGCAAUAUUUACCCUGCCUGUAAUUCAUUAUCACCUAUCUCAUUCUAGUUCCGAACAGGACCCUGCUGUUUAUUCUCUUCCGGACAGAAUGAGAAACCAACCUGAUGAAACUAUCACCUUUGAGCAGAGGUGCAGGGUAUAUGUCACGUGGAAUAUUUAUUGUGUAGUUUAGCUCUGAAAACAUUAUUAAAAGUAUUGCUCCUUAUUUGCUGUUCCAAAUCGAAAUCGGAAAUAUAAUUAGGUACCAGUUUUCUUUGAACAGAUGUCGUAUAUUAAAGUAAUAUAUUAGUUACUUGUAAUGAGCUAGAAUCACAGGUUUUUUUGGGAACUGAGCUCUUUUUGAGUUGGGCUUGUGCUUGAUACCAGCCCCAUAUCAACUUCUUUGUUCCCCUUUAUGGUAUCGUUUACAGUAAAGCCAAGAGAGGUUCAUAAUUUGACACUAAGUGUGUGGGCAGCUUGUUAUUUUUUUCCUAAUGUUUCCAAAGAAAUGUGAGAAAAAGGAGAUGAAUAAGUGUAUGAUAUGGAGAUUUUUGUGCACUUCUUGCACUUCUUUCAGUGCCUUUUUUUAUCAUUUUUUUUUCCAGUAUAUUAAUCUGAUGCACGGGUAUCGGAGCAUCUUUGUCGUAUCUAUGAAACAGUUGUUUCUCAAGUAUCUAAUCGCAGCAGAAACUGGGAAAGGUUUUCACACUGUUCUGUAGAAAUUGCGCUGUGGAGAAAGACAUAACAGCUUUCUAGAACAAUGAAGGCGUUUAGGCUGCAUUAUAGUACACGAGGCAGAAAAUCAAAGCUGUCCUGACAGCCAGUUCUCUUCUGUAUGACGAGAACAGAGAAGCUGCUGUCAUGUAUCGGACGAAGGGUCUGCCUGGCCUGGUGUCCUGUCUCUGACAGGGCCAGGCCUAAGCAGGAGGCUAGGGUAUAGCAAAAAUGGGGCAAGCGUAUAUUGUACUAUGUAAUAAUAUCUUUCUGGUGCUUAGUCCGUAAGUCCUACCUCUCUCUUUUUCCCAGGGAUGCCUGGUGUCAGUGUAGAGCGAGCGAGUUCCUUCUGGUGGAGAUGAGUGCGUGAGUCUGAGAGAUAAAGGGAGCUAUAAAGGGUGAAGCAGCUAGCGGGGCACCAGACCAAACUGCCCACAGCUCCUGAAAGGUCGUGGUCCAGGUUUGAAGAGGUGCUUUUAGAAGGAGUCGGUAUGGAGCCUGAGGAGUACAGACGGAGAGGGAAAGAGAUGGUGGAUUACAUUUGCCAGUACCUGAGCAAUGUGAGAGAGAGACGGGUGAUUCCUGACGUACAGCCAGGUUACAUGAGAGCCCAGUUGCCGGAUUCUGCCCCAAUGGACCCAGACAGCUGGGACAACAUCUUUGGAGAUAUAGAGAAGAUUAUUAUGCCUGGGGUAGUCCAUUGGCAAAGCCCACACAUGCAUGCCUACUUCCCAGCUCUUACUUCCUGGCCUUCACUCCUUGGAGAUAUGUUGGCUGAUGCAAUUAACUGCUUGGGAUUCACAUGGGCCUCCAGUCCAGCCUGUACAGAACUGGAAAUGAAUGUGAUGGAUUGGUUGGCUAAAAUGCUGGGCCUUCCAGAUGAAUUCCUGCACCACCAUCCUGACAGCGUGGGCGGAGGAGUAUUGCAGAGCACUGUGAGUGAAUCAACCUUGGUUGCACUGCUAGCAGCAAGGAAAAACAAAAUUCUGGAGAUGAAGGUUUCUGAGCCAGACACUGAUGAGUCCUCGCUCAACUCUCGCCUCAUCGCUUAUGCGUCUGAUCAAGCUCAUUCUUCGGUAGAAAAGGCUGGCUUGAUUUCUCUUGUGAAGAUGAAGUUUCUGCCUGUGGAUGAGAACUUUUCCCUCAGAGGUGAAACUUUGAAGAACGCCAUUGCAGAAGACAGAAAUAAAGGCCUAGUGCCAGUCUUUGUUUGUGCAACUUUGGGUACAACUGGUGUCUGUGCUUUUGACAAUCUCUCAGAAUUGGGUCCAAUUUGUAAGGCUGAAGGACUCUGGCUUCAUAUUGAUGCUGCAUAUGCAGGAACAGCGUUUGUAUGUCCUGAAUUUCGGUUGUUCUUGGAUGGAAUUGAAUAUGCAGAUUCAUUUACUUUUAACCCUUCUAAAUGGAUGAUGGUUCAUUUUGACUGCACUGGAUUUUGGGUUAAAGAUAAAUACAAGUUACAUCAAACCUUCAGUGUUAACCCUGUCUACCUCAGACAUCCCAACUCAGGAGCUGCUGUUGAUUUCAUGCACUGGCAAAUUCCACUGAGUCGUCGAUUUCGUUCUUUGAAGCUGUGGUUUGUGAUUCGUUCAUUUGGGGUGAAAAAGCUUCAAGCUCAUGUCCGACAUGGUACCGAAACAGCCAAAUUCUUUGAAUCAUUGGUUAAAAGUGAUCCACUCUUUGAAAUUCCUGCCAAGAGACAUCUUGGACUGGUUGUAUUUCGUUUAAAGGGUCCCAACUGGCUGACAGAAAAACUCCUGAAAGAACUAAGCAGCUCUGGCAGACUCUUCCUUAUUCCAGCAACCAUUCGUGACAAGUUCAUCAUUCGCUUUACUGUAACAUCUCAGUUCACAACCAGAGAAGAUAUUCUGCAAGACUGGAACAUCAUUCAACACACCGCAGCCCAAAUUGUUAGCCAGAAUUAUGGAUUGCACUGCAUCAAUUCUGGCGAUGGGGCAAAAAUCCCUAAUGUGAUAGUUAAGCCUAGUUCUGAUGCCAUUGGUAAUGCUUCUCAGGUUUAUCCAGAUGGAGGAAAAUACAAAACACCUUCCAGAAAAAUAGUAGUUCAGCCUAAGAAAUUAGCAGCGAGUCCCAGUACAUGCGUGAUUAGUCAACAGGUGGAAGGUCAAGGGGAUCCUGUAGAUGACUGUUUUCCAGAAGAUGUCCAACACGUUACCAAACACAAGUUAACUUCUUUUUUAUUCAGUUAUUUAUCUGUUCAAGGCAAGAAAAAGACAGGACGUUCCCUUAGCUGCAACAGUGUGCCAAUGACUGGUAGUCUUGAGCAAUGUAACCCCAAAGCAGCAGCCACUGAUAAGAAGGAGUCUCAUGCAAAUGCCAGAAUUCUUUCCAGGCUGCCUGAAGAGGUGAUGAUGCUCAAAAAAAGGGCCUUCAAAAAACUAAUUAAGUUCUACAGUGUCCCGAGCUUUCCGGAGUGUAGCAUUCAGUGUGGCCUUCAGCUGCCUUGUUGUCCUCUGCAAGCCAUUGUUUAACAAGUAAAAGAGAUUAGUCCUUAAGACCUCUCCAGGUAGAAAGAGAACCAAAGUUUGCUUAUUCAUAUGCAAUACCACAUGUUAUUUUGUUCAAUAUGUAAGCAGUGGCAAAGACCCCUGAGGGAAUUCCUGUGCUUUUACUGGUGGAAACCUUGUGUAUUUAUAGAUUAAAAUGUCAAAUAAAUCUUGUAGGCGCAUAACAUGAAACUCUCUGGUUUUUAGACUGUGGUAGAGAACAUGCCAAUUUAAUACCUGACUUAAGCUCUCUAGACUGCUGUGAGCAUCGGUGUGUGCAGACAAUGCCAACAUCAGUUCUGAACUGUGCAAAAAGAAGGAUGUAACCCCUCUAAGAGGUUUUUCUCUAUUAGGGCAAUUGUAAAACUCCGUGAGUUUAAACACAGAGCAGCCCUGUCAUUCCAUGUGUGCUCAUCAGUUAUGCUGCACAGGAGGCUUUAUGCAACCAUGUUGCAAGAGUG